ACUGGCCUGUCAGUUUUUGCAGAUUCCGACAACGGCUACCACUGGGGUUCUUUUUCUUCUCUUGAGAGUGAGAGAUUUGCAGGCAGUGGCAAUUCCACAUGGUACUGAUGAAUGUUGGACAGUUGACACACACAAACCGCGUGAACCAUGUAUGCCAAUGAACCAUAAUCCCUACUAUGGGUAGUAGAGUACCUGUAAGUUUGCUUUUGUUUACGUAAGCUUUGAUUAGUGUCCUUGUUGCUUCUUCUGUGAUAGUAUAGUUUGCUUUAUUAGGAUGGGUUCACACACAAGUGGCCAUGCAAUAUUAAGAAGAGCUAGUCAGCUGCAUUUGUCAGAUAACCAUCUGGCCAGUUGACUGAUAAAUUGGAUUAUACGAAGCUAGAGCCAAACGGUCAUUUUCUUUUCCAGAUAGAGGAGCAGUGAAAUUUUAGGAAGGAAAGGCUAUGAAGGAAGGUAGCUAGGAAUCUGAGGAAGGUUGAUUGCUAGCAGGGAACGCUCUCUCUGCAAUGCAAGCAAGGUAGGUUUACCUUGCUGCUCUGGCCAUGCCCGACCUCUGCCUCACGUAUUCGAUCUUGGCUUGCCUCCUCUCUGGGCAUCCUCCUCCUCAACUCCAUGCUAGUAUUAAUUUACACCCAACCCAGGCAUCGGUUUCCAUGCACACCAAGUUAAACGAACGGCCACAAGGACUUGAAGAGCUCUGUGGUUUCUGUUUUCCCUGCUUAUUUCUGGAUUGGAAGCGAAACAUGGGGAGCUCCCCAACCCCAAGAGGAAGAGGUGCUCUUCUGCUGCCUCUGCCUCUCCUCUGCUUCUUCUUCUUGUCAGGUGCACCGCAGUGUGCGGAGUCUGCUCGAGUUUUCACCAUCAUCAACAAGUGCAAGACGACCAUCUGGCCGGCGGCGUCACCCGGCGGCAGCUUCGGCGGCGGCGGAUUCGCGCUCCGGCCUGGGCAGUCGAUGGUGUUCACGGCGCCGGUGGGGUGGUCGGGCCGCAUCUGGGGGCGCACGGACUGCAACUUCGAUGCCAGCGGCAAUGGGUCGUGCGCGACGGGCUCGUGCGGUACCACGCUCAAGUGCGGGGCGUCCGGCGCGACGCCGGCGAGCCUGGCCGAGUUCACGCUGGCGUCGUUGGACUACUACGACGUGAGCCUGGUGGACGGGUUCAACCUGCCGGUGUUGGUGAAGCCGGUCAACGGGGAGGGCAACUGCACCGAGGCGGGGUGCGACGGCGACCUGCGGCAGAGCUGCCCGUCGGAGCUGGCGGUGAAGGUGAACGGGCAGACGGUGGCGUGCCGGAGUGCGUGUGACGUCUUCGACACGGACCAGUACUGCUGCCGAGGUCUGUACGGGAACCCGGUGACGUGCCAGCCCACCUUCUACUCAAAGAAGUUCAAGGCCGUCUGCCCCACCGCAUACAGCUAUGCCUACGACGACCCAACCAGCAUCUUCACUUGCAAAAACGCAGACUACAUCAUCACAUUCUGCUCCACCAGGAAGCAACCAGUGUGCUCGUACCACAACAACCGGCUAAUUUGCAGUGACUCCAGCAGAUCUUGGCCAAUCAUGUCCACGGCCACGCUCAUGUUUGUGCUGCUCUUCAGCCUUCUGGCGUUGCAGUUUUGAGUGUAAGGACUGAGAAGCAAGCAACAUAAUAUUAUAUACUAUUGUUUUCCUAUCUUUUCUUCAUCUGAGAAACAAAAGUAGAGGUGAUUUAUCAAAUUCAUGCACUUACCAUGUGAAUAUUAUGCUUUACAUACAUAGAAAACAUGAGUGAUUGUUCUCUGCCUUUUUCAUCAUCUGGUUCAGUGAGAGUGGAGACAACACCACUACAUCACAUUCGUGUGUUUAUGAUGUACAUAAACGCAUACAUACAUACCCUAGCUAGCAGUUGUAUCUUGCAGACUCAAUAAUGCUGCUGUAUAUUGAUUUCAGCCUUUCAGGUCA